AUGUCGAGUAUAUUCAACUCGCAUCAGUCUAGGAUAAUAGCUCUUGUCAUAACAUUCUUCACAACCCUCUUCACCCUAAGCGUAUUUUUCUACCUCUCGGUCAUUCCUUCCGAGUCGCUCGAAUCGGAUUAUUAUUCAGACGAGUUCAGCGGUAGCGAUCAUUACCAGUAUCAUCAUGGUGGCGAAGCUGGAUUUUGGGGUAAUUACAACAAAGCCAAUUUAGAAGAGUGGAAGAUAUGGUUAGGUCUGAGUGAUGGACGAGAUAGGAAGACUGAAGCCAGGAAAAUCAGACAGCUGGGCGAAUUGUUUCAUCAGAGGUUCAAUAUUACCGAAGGACGAUUUGCUAGAACGCUCAAUGCCCCUGCCUUAGAAAGGCUAGCACAUUGUAUAGAAACCAAUACUUGCGGUAAAGACGAGGAGAAGGUGGUUAUUCUUGCUUCAUUCCAUUUCAAUAAUGCUAUGACGGGAGGUACGAGCGGUGAAGAUAUCUGGGCUAAAUCAACAUUGGACGCAUUCACUUCAUUGAACUACACCUUAUUAUACACCUUCGAAUCUAUGGAUACUCUGACUUUAUAUCAGGGAUUGAGCGAUAAAGUCCAAACGAUUUUAUGGGAAGGAAACCAAUUAGACGCGUGUGUCAAAAGGAAUUCAACAAAUUGGGAAACAUACGAGAACGAUCAUACUUCUGGUAAAUUCCAAAACGCAAGUUCGAUUUCACUCAAAAGAUUCGGAUGUAUCAAAACGACAGAUUAUCAGGAAGGGGUUCCAUUAGAGAAGAGUUUCACAUUUCAUUUUUGGCAAGGUCCCGCCAACCCGUUGGGCAGGCAGUUCACAUUGAGUCCUGAGAAUUACACUUUGUUCAAUAAAGGCGGAGAAGGAAAUCAUUAUCUGGGCUACUCGAUAGAAUCUCGAUGUAAAGCCGUUUCCCUCCCUUCUUCACGACAUCAUCGAGGAAUGGCCUUGGGCAAAUAUGCAAACUACUUCAAUACAUCUUCGUCAGAGUGGGUUUGGGGUAAAGAGGAUAUCCUUGGGAAAGCAAUUUCUUCCAUGCCCGCAUCAGAAGAGACCGGUGAAAAGUUUGAAAUGAUAGCGACGGGUGGACACGACGAUGAUAAAACUGGUAAACAUGAAGAUAUGUACAAAGGGAUCACGAAUUUGGGCAAAUUACCUCAACAGGAAUGGUAUCAGACUUUAGCAUCUAGUAAAUUCCUGUUGGGUGUGGGUAAACCUAACAUGUCUCCAUCGCCAUACGAUGCUCUAUGUUUCGGUGUACCAUUCAUCAACCCGAUCAUGUCAUGGAACCAUUCUGAUCCUGAGGAUUGGACAAAAUGGCAUACCCAGCAUGACGCGCUGAGACCUUACGGCGCACCAUACGUCUACCAUGUCCAGAAAGAGAAUGGAGAUCAGCUGAGAGAAGCUAUGCAAGCUGCUUUGGAUAAUCCAAUCACCAGUUACAUACCGCCACCGAUGACGAAAGAAUCAGUCAAGCAGAGACAUCGCACAUUGGUGGAAACGGAUUGGAAACCUUUUGCUAUGGCUGCUGUGAAAAGUUUGUACACUGACAAAGACAAAGAGUUCCCAUAUCUCAUAGUAUAG